AGGAUGGGCUUGGUCAACCCGGGCAGCUGGAGCUUGGCUCCAUUACUGGGGCCACGGCUGUGCCCCAAUUCCCUCUCCAAGCAGACGAUCAAAAAGCAUUUACAGUAGCUGCUCUUGGGCAAGAAGACGGUUUCUCAAUUCUUUUGAUUGGGGGCUGGGGGUUGUGAGCAAAGGAGGCGAGAGGCAGAAGGAUGAUUGUAUGACUUGAAGGAAUGGAGUUCUAGGCGACGUGAGCUGGAGGGGAUUGCAUGCUGAGUCGAGGGGGAGAGCUAAUGGCUGGGCAUCCAUAUUGUCAGGCCUGGCUGGGGCAGAAGGCCUCCUACUGCGCAGGGAGGCUUCCCAGAACCCUGCGACGCUACAAGGAAAAGAUAGAUUCUUUGGGGGGUUCACAGACUCAGUGGCAACCUCCUUCCUCUUCAAUGUCUCCAAGCCAGUGGCGUGAUUUCCCCAUUUUCAGGAGAGGCAAAAGGAACCUGGGGCGUGCAGGAGUCCUGCACAUCUCUGUAGCUGACCAGCGCUGCAACCUUCCUGACAGGCCUCUACGUGGUACAGAGCUGGAAGGACCCCUAGAAGCCUGUCCCUUGGUGCAGUUCAGUACCUCCAGCCUCAUGGAGCCCCCGAUUCCACAGAGCAGCGUCCCUGUGAAUCCCAGCUCAGUCAUGGUGCAGCCCCUCCUUGACGGCAGAGCGCCCCACAGCCGGCUCCAGCACCCACUCACCAUCUUACCCAUUGACCAGAUGAAGACCAGCCACGUGGAGAAUGACUACAUAGACAACCCUAGCCUGGCCCCUGCCACGGGUCCCAAGCGGCCCCGGGGCGGGCCACCAGAGCUGGCUCCUACACCUGCCCGCUGUGACCAGGAUAUUACUCACCACUGGAUCUCCUUCAGCGGUCGGCCCAGCUCUGUAAGCAGCAGCAGCAGCACUUCCUCCGACCAGAGGCUCCUAGAUCACAUGGCUCCACCUCCCGUGGCUGAGCAGGCCUCACCCAGGGCUGUGCGCCUCCAGCCCAAGGUGGUCCACUGUAAGCCACUGGACCUCAAGGGCCCGACAGCUCCACCAGAGCUAGACAAGCACUUCUUGCUGUGUGAGGCCUGUGGGAAGUGUAAGUGCAAGGAGUGUGCGUCCCCUCGGACGUUACCUUCCUGCUGGGUUUGCAACCAGGAGUGCCUGUGCUCCGCUCAGACCCUGGUCAACUAUGGCACAUGCAUGUGCCUGGUGCAAGGUAUCUUCUACCACUGUACUAAUGAGGAUGAUGAGGGCUCUUGCGCCGACCAUCCCUGCUCCUGUUCCGGCUCCAACUGCUGCGCCCGCUGGUCCUUCAUGGGCGCCCUCUCUGUGGUGCUGCCCUGUCUGCUGUGCUACCUGCCGGCCACAGGCUGCGUCAAGCUGGCCCAGCGAGGCUAUGACCGCCUGAGACGCCCCGGUUGCCGCUGCAAGCAUACGAACAGCGUCAUCUGCAAGGCAGCCAGCGGGGACACCAAGGCCAGCAGGUCCGACAAGCCUUUCUGACACUUCGGAUGAAAAAAACGUGGUCCCUCCUGCCAGUCUCCUGAGACUGACCUUGCUCAUCUGUCCUCUCCUAAAACCCUAGAUUGGGAAGAAACCGGCAGAGAACACUACUGCCUAGCCUUGAGUCCCCAAAAGGAUGAAGAUGCACUUUGGGGAUUUUCACGGUCUUGAAACUUUGUUAAACAGCAGUGACAGUGUUAGGGUAUGGUGGAAAGGGGCCCAGUUUUCCUAUUUCAGAAGACGGAAGACAGAUGUGGACACAGGGUCUGCAAGUUCAGCCACUCAAUGGCCUUCCCAGCCCCUCUGCUUCCUCUCAUUUUGCCAUUCUCUCUGGCUCCUGCUGGAGCCUUCUACCUGGGAGGAACAGCUAAUGGGAGGCAAGAUACCUCGAGGAAGACCCUCAGAGCCUUGACUUCUAUCUUUGCUGUCUCCGUCCAUGCCUGUUGGCCUUGGCCUCUUGGGAAGGUGCACCGUAGCAAUUCCUGCUGUACGCACUUGAUGUCUGAGAACAAAAUCGCUGGUAAGCUGCUGCCUCCCGGGAGUAGCAGGAUGGAGAAGGAACCACCUGGCAGUGCGUUCCUCCUAGCUUUCAAUCACUUAACUUGGGGGUUGUCCGCUCAUCACGUCAUCCUCCAGUUCACAGACUGGCCUGCCUGCUAUGCGUCCUGAGCUCUUUUCUACUCGGAUUCUUUGUAGAAACUGGCUGGGUUAAGAAGGCCAGGAUGACACAAGCAAGACCAAAUAUCAUUUUGCCAAUGAGUCUGAGGCUGUGGUCUCUGGAUCCAGCCAUGAUGUUUUUAUAUGUUUAAUUAAACUAGAUGCUAUUGGUGUUUAAA